UCCCCGGUGGGGCCGGACGGUGGCAUUGGUGGUUCGGACUCCCGUACUCCCGGAGCCGAUUUGUUUAGGCCAAUGGCAGCAAAAGCCUCUAUUUAAGGAGAAGAAGCGGGAAGCCAAACUCCAUCUCCUCUCUGUCUCUCUCUCUCUCUCAACCUUCUUUGCUUUCCUUUACCGACAAGUGGAAUCCAUUUCCGGCCCUUCUUUCCCAUCUCGCUUCGGUCUCGUGGACACCCGGGACCGGGUUCAGCUCCUCCGUCCCCGUUUCGAGGGGAUGAGGUUUAGCUGUCUUCCUUUCUUUCUUCGGAUCUGAUGAUGGACUAUGAGCUCCGAGCUUUGUGAUGACGUUGCUGCUUCAUGAUCGCUUUUUGUCCAUGAAGGUGCUGUAAUGGCUCCGCCUCUUCAAGCAUCAACUAAGGCUUCUGACUUCCAACUUUCUCGUUCACCUCUCAAUGAAAGAAUCCUUUCAUCCAUGUCUCGAAGGUCUGUUGCAGCACAUCCUUGGCAUGAUCUUGAAAUAGGUCCUGCUGCCCCUAAAAUUUUCAACUGUGUGGUGGAAAUAACAAGGGGAAGCAAAGUGAAAUAUGAACUUGACAAGAAAACUGGGCUGAUCAAGGUCGAUCGUGUGCUUUACUCAUCGGUGGUGUACCCUCAUAAUUAUGGUUUCAUCCCACGCACUCUUUGUGAAGAUAAUGAUCCUAUGGAUGUGUUGGUUAUAAUGCAGGAACCAGUGAUUCCAGGAUGUUUUCUUCGAGCUAAAGCCAUAGGUCUGAUGCCUAUGAUUGAUCAGGGAGAGAAAGAUGACAAGAUAAUUGCUGUUUGUGCAGAUGAUCCUGAAUACAAGCAUUACAAUGAUAUUAAGGAGCUCCCACCUCAUCGUUUAGCAGAGAUCAGGCGCUUCUUUGAAGAUUAUAAGAAGAAUGAAAACAAGGAAGUUGCUGUAAAUGAUUUCCUGCCUGCAUCUUCAGCUUACGAAGCCAUUCAACAUUCCAUGGAUCUUUAUGCCAAUUACAUUGUCGAAAGCUUGAGGAGGUAGGAGGCAGGAGGCAGGAGGCGAACCGAGGGAUGAUGCAUCUGGACGAUUUUACUGUUUCUUUCACGUGGUAAUAUUUUAUACGUAAGUAAAUGCUUAUAUUCGGAGGGAUUCGAAUGGUAUUGUCGAGACAGAAGAUAAAUAUGCUUAAUGAGUUUGUUGUUGUUUAUCUUAUAUGAAAAUUUGCCAAUUUGA